GCAUUAAACUUCAAACCAAUCAUAGGCCUGAGAACAGCUGAUGGUAGCUAUGCUGCUCACCCUGCUGUGGGCCGUGUGUCUGCUGCCCAGCUGCCUGGCCCUGCCGCUGCCCCCGGAGGCGAGAGACACGAGCGACCUGCAGUGGGCAAAGGCACAGGACUACCUCAAGAGAUUUUAUCUCCUUGACUCAGAAAGAAAGGAUGCCAACAGUUUCAAAGACAAACUCAAGGAAAUGGAGAAGUUCUUCCAUCUACCUAUAACAGGGAAGUUAAACCCUCGCAUCACAGCAAUAAUGCAGAAGCCCAGAUGUGGAGUGCCAGACGUUGCAGAAUAUUCACUAUUUGCAGAAAAGCCAAAGUGGACUUCCACAGUUGUCACUUACAGAAUUGUAUCCUAUACUCCAGACUUACCACAGAGCAGAGUGGAUGAAAUAGUGGCAAAAGCGUUAAGCCUGUGGAGCGAGGAGAUCCCACUGAGCUUCAGGAGAAUUCGGUUUGGAACAGCUGAUAUAGAGAUUGGCUUUGCCAGAGGAGCUCACGGUGACUUCCACCCAUUUGACGGACCAGGAAACGUUCUGGCUCAUGCCUUCCCACCUGGGCCAGGCUUAGGAGGAGAUGCUCACUUCGACAAGGAUGAACUCUGGACCGACGGCAGCAGACUAGGAAUUAACUUCCUGUAUGUGGCAACUCAUGAACUUGGCCAUUCUCUGGGCCUGAGUCACUCCGCCAACCCUGACGCCGUGAUGUACCCAACAUACGGAAACGGAGACUUUCGAAGCUUCAGACUUGCGUGGGAUGACAUUGAAGGCAUUCAGGAAUUAUACGGAAAGAAAAGUAAUGAAAGAAAGAGAUAGAAACUUCAGGGUGAAUAUCCAUUCAUUCAUUCAUUCACUGGAUUCUGUAUCAGCAUCACCCAGACGGAAUUAACAACCGCUCCUCCUCCUGCGCUCCACUCAGAAUUUAUUUCACUCUUGCUCGGGUGUGGCUGCUUUGGCCACGUUUCUCCUUCUCUGGAGGAUAAAUUCCUUUAUGACGUGACUUGGUCUUACUCACGUAUAAUUGUCUUCAGGCAACAUCAGUUGGUAGAUGUCAAUAAAUGUCACAUACAAAAAUAAGUAAAGCUCUUAUUUCAUGGUGAGAUUA